AACCAACAGAAACUGUGAAACGUGCUGUUGAGCAGUUUUUCCUGUUAAUCAAAACUAAAGAAAACCAGUCCCUUGUUGAUAAUUCAAUGACUUUGUAUCUUCCUGCAGUAGAUGGUAAAGUAUACCCAUCCUGCAAACUCUACUACAAUGAUACAGUGUUUGAGAGCAAAAGGUUGGAAAAAGCGCUUGAGAAUAAGUUUCUUUUGCUUGAGAAACUAAGUGAGUGUCACUUAGGCGAUGACAUGUAUGAGCAUCACCGAUUGCUGCAAUUGCUGCCUCCGACCUUUAAGCCUAAUAUGCUGUCUCAAUUCACUGAGGAGAAAGUAGUGGAAUCUCACAUGCAGCUUUGUGAGCUUGGUGCUGACUGUGAAUUUAGUGGAUGGUUUGAAAGUCAUUUGUCCUCAGAUGCAUUUAUACAUGGACUCAUUUGUCUUAUCAGAGACCAGUCCCAGGGGGAAAUAACACAAGAAGAUGCUACUGAGAUGUGCAAGAAGACUUUUGGCAGCAUUCAGAUUGUCUGCUGCAAUAGUCUAAAAACUGAGCUUUGGGUGAAUCAACAGCCACUACACCAGACUGCCUCUCAAACCGAUGUUUUUGUCAAACAAGAGCAACAAGGUUGCAUAUUUUACUUGAAACACAACAACAACAUGAUUCACAAGGUGAUAAGUGACAUCAAUAUGACAUUGACAAAGGAGAUUAAUGCUCUUUUAGGUAACAUAUUGGAAUCGAAACACCUUCUGGUCCUCGCACACCUUCUCACGUGUGACAAUAUGCAAGAUGUUCUGGAAACUCUUGCUAAGAAUGGGAUCCAUGACAGUGCUGAAACUCAAAGCAUUUUCCGCAAUCCACCAGCCCCUGGAACAGAAAUCCCAGUGGAAUGGCAUGAUUCCUUAGACAUGAACAUCCUCAAUAACUUUGAAGAGGGCGAAUAUGUUGGCUACAGCACCAACAACAAGUAUAUCUAUGCAGUUAUUGUUGAAGAACUGCCUGGGCAGUCGGGACCAUAUUCACACAGAUACAAAAUAGAAAUUGGAGAAGAUGAGCCCAUUGAAGUCAGUUGUCUGGACCUGUAUCAGUUUAAACGACAAAAGAAACCAGAACCUAAAGGAAGUUCUGCUGCUUCUACAUCUGCUGAUACUUCUUGCAUGGACAUGGUGCCACUAGAAGGAGCUGUGCCACAUUCUUCCAAACCAUCAACUACAAGUUCCUCUUCUACGAGAUCCUCACCAGCCUCUCUUGAAGAAGCUAAAAUGGAAAUUGACAAAUGUUUAAAAGAGAUUUGGACUCUUCCUGAGGAGGAAAAGCAUAAAGCCAUCAAACGACUUUACCUUAGAUGGCAUCCUGACAAAAACCUUGACUGCAUACCUCUUGCCACUGAGGCAUUCAAAUACCUGCAGAAUCAAAUUGCUGAGCUCAGCAAAGGGAAGGGCAAAGGCCAAAAUACAGGCUCAUCUUAUUCAAGCGGAAGAUCAGACUUCAGGAACUUCUAUGAUGAAUGGAAUCAGGAGGCCAGGCAUCACAGAAAUGCUAGGGACGGAUUCUCCAGAAGCAACCGUUCCUACAAUUUUUGGACACAUAAUAAAAAUGUCCCAAGGCCAAACAAAGAAGAGGCCCAACGCUGGAGAAGACAAGCUCGCUGUGAUCUCGACGCAGCCUACAAAGACGUUAGUGGGGCGAGCACAGAGUGGUGUCUGUUCAAAGUCCAUCAAGCAGUGGAAAAGUCUCUCACAGCUGCAAAGUAUAAGAGAGAUGGUCAGCAUCCCACCAGCAGCUCCAUUGUAUCCCUUGCAGCACAAGUUUCCCUCUACAACCUCAAACUGAGAGUUCUUCCUCAAAUAGUGAGGAAUCUGAAGGCGUUGGGAGUGGACGACAAAAAGACUCAGUAUCCAAACUGCCAUCCAUUUCCCCAUAUUCCAAAUGAGCAGUUCAAACCAGAGAAUGAGUUGUUGGCACUGGAGAGCGCAUCUGAGCUUCUGAGUUUAGUCGAGGAAUAUGUAAAUUAGGGAUUCAAGACAAACUGACACGUCAUGUUGGUAGAGUCAAUUUAGGUUUGUUCGACAUGUAAAAGGGCAUUAGCCAUAUUCUUAUAUUAAAACAUUACUCUGAAGAAAAUAAUAGUUCCAUUUGUUAAAAAAAAACAUAUCAGACAUGCUGACAUAAAAUGUGUGUGUAAUGUCGGGACUUACUGACGCCAAUGAAAGGCCAUUGUAAUGGGAAUGUAAAUAUGAUAUUUUGAGUAUUGUUGAAGAGUUUUGACUACUCACUCAGGACCCAUAGGCCCUCUAUUAUUUUGUUAUGGAAAUGAAACAAAAGAAGUUAUAUUUAUGCAAAGUUAUCGUUUAUGACCACUCACUUGGGAUCACUUUAAACUCUGUAUUACUUUAUUUUUAUUUUUUAUUAUUGUUCUACAAAUGUACAACUACUCAAAGUGAGGACCAAUUUAUUGUCUGUAUGACUUUUUAUGAAAAUAUCAAGAUGUUCUUUGAAAUGUUGUAAACGGUUAAAACUCACUGAGGUCCAAUAUAAUAUCUGUAUGACUUUUCUUUUUACUAUAUUAUCAUUUAUACCUAUCCAUUAGGCCCAAUAUAAUCUCUGUUUUACUUUAUAUUAUUACUUUAUUUUAAAUACUUUCUAAAAAUGCAAUUAUAAUUAUUUUUUGUUCAUCAUUGUUAUAAACAUUUACAAUUUCUAACUGUGACGACCAAUAUAAUAUAUGUAUGACUGUUAUAAAAAUAUCAAUAUAUUUGUUUGCAUGUUGUUAACCUUUACACUGCGGACCAAAAUGAUCUCUGUAUGACUUGUUCCUCACAGUUUUCUAAACACUGAGUUAUCAAUAAGUCAAAGAAACAAUGGCAUAACCAGAAAUAUAUUAAUUAUUGAAUGUGAUGUUAUGUUCUGUUAUCAUUUAUUACUACUUACUCAUAAUCAAUAUAAUCCCUGUACCACUUUUUUUGGAAAGUACAAAUGCCACAUUGAGUUUUUGAAGCCAAUGAAAGGCCAUUGUAAUGGGAAUGUAAAUAUGAUAUUUUGAGUAUUGUUGAAGAGUUUUGACUACUCACUCAGGACCCAUAGGCCCUCUAUGAUUUUGUUAUGGAAAUAAAACAAAGGAAGUUAUAUUUAUGCAAAGUUAUCGUUUAUGACCACUCACUUGGGAUCACUUUAAACUCUGUAUUACUUUAUUUUAUUUUUUUAUUAUUGUUCUACAAAUGUACAACUACUCAAAGUGAGGACCAAUUUAUUGUCUGUAUGACUUUUUAUGAAAAUAUCAAGAUUUAUUUUGAAAUGUUGUAAAUGGUUCAAACUGUCUGAGGUCCAAUAUAAUAUCUGUAUGACUUUUCUUUUUACUAUAUUAUCAUUUAUACAUAUGCAUUAGGUCCAAUAUAAUCUCUGUUUUACUUAUAUAUUAUUACUUUAUUUUAAAUACUUUUUUUGGUUCAGUAUUGUUAUAAACAUUUACAAUUUCGAACUGUGACGACCAAUAUAAUACAUGUAUGACUGUUGUAAAAAUAUCAAGAUAUUUUUUUGCAUCUUGUUAACCUUUACACUGCGGACCAAAAUGAUCGUUGUAUGACUUGUUCCUCAGUUUUCUAGACACUGAGUUUCAUUGAGUUAUCAAUAAGUCAAAGAAACAAUGGCAUAACCAGAAAUAUAUUAAUUAUUGAAUGUGAUGUUCUGUUAUCAUUUAUUACUACUUACUCAGGAUCAAUAUAAUCCCUGUUCCACUUUUUUUGGAAAGUACAAAUGCCACAUUGAGUUUCUUCACUAUUACACUUUGUCUGAACUUUUUACAUCGAUUAAAAAAUGAAAAUAAAGCAAUUCAAUCAAGGAUUAAA